AUGAUUCAAACUAAGUCCUGGAAUAAGAACUCUUUCGGUCUUUUUGACUAUGAAUCGAGAGAUAUUCAAAAGAAGUAGUUGAAAGUCACUGGUCCAUGCAAGCUAAUCCGUAGCCAAAUACUAAAUGACGGAAUAGAAAUUGAAACAAUAAAUGAGCCGCACAUUGCAGCUGACUCUAAAAACACUCAGAGAGAGCAAUAGCUUGCGAGAUUACUCUUUAAGAAUGGGAACUACUGGAUCUAUCAUAAGAAUCAAGUGGACGUUUCUUAAAUAUAUCAGAAUCCAGAAGAAAAGUUAUGGCUGGUUAUCAAGAAAUAUUAAUCUAAAACAUAUCAUAAGGGAUAUAAACUUUAAAAAAAUGACAUCGUUAAAUUUGGUAGAGUUAGGCUGAGAGUAAGAGACAUUGACUAUCCUGACGACGGUAAAAGUUCUAUCAACCCAACAGAAAAUUUGGUAAACCAGAGUCACACUCUCUACCUUCCGAAUCCAACUCUGAAUUAGAGACGCUAGCACACAAAUGAUGAGGUUAAUUUUGCGAAUAAUGCCUCAAUAGACGCUAAUGAUAUUGACAUAUUUGAUAAGGAGAUGCUCAGCAAUUAGUUUGAGAUUAGUAUUAAUCCUGGGGUACAGCCGAAUACGUUAAAAACAUCAUAAACCCUAAAAAAGAGGUAGAGUCUAAAUAAUUAAUAAAAAUAAAUAAAAAAUGAAAAUCUUAAUGAAUCCACUUCUUCAGCUGCUUAGUGCAGAAUAUGCUGGGGAGAUGAACAGGAGAUGGAUAUGAAUAAGGACUUUAAUCCACUGAUCUCACCCUGUAGAUGUGUAGGAUCCAUUGGGAAUAUACAUUUAAAGUGCCUGAAGGAUUGGCUGGAAACCAAUAAAGCCAUGAAGACUCAUAAAAACUAAGUAGUAGUUAAAUUUAAAAAGCUGGAUUGUGAACUCUGCAAGUAGAUGUUUCCCUUCCAGAUAGCUUUUAACAAUAGAAUCAUCGAUAUAGUAGAAGUAGAAAGGCCAGAUAAAAAUUUCAUCAUACUCGAAUCGCUUACCUACAAGGGGUAGAAGGUAUUCUAUAUUAUCAACACCGAAAAUAAAAUGUAACUGAAAGUUGGAAGAGGUCAGGACAGCGAUGUGAGAAUAACAGAUGACAUUAGUGUCAGUAGAUGCCACGCUCUAAUCUAGAAAACUGUGAAAGGUGAUUAUAUCCUUGAAGAUUUCAACAGUAAAUUUGGAACAUUGGUCUAGCUACAAUACCCUAUGCUUCUAGACUCCUCAACUCAAUAAAAUGGCUCUCUUGUUUUUUAGUCAGGCAAGACUUGUCUACAGAUUCAAGUAAAACACUAAGUCUCUUGUCUACCAGCAUGCUUUAAGCCCAACCAAAGAUCUCCAUUUGACAACUUGAUUUCAGUUGAUAAUAGAAACUACUUCCCUAAAGAGUAUUAUAAACCAAUAUCACCGAAAAAGACUAGUAAUCGAACCAAGAACAAAGUUCCUAAGAUUCUUGCCAAGAUAAUUAAUGAAGACGACGAUGAAGGAGAUGAAAAUCAGAAUAUUAACCAAGAUCCAUUAUUUUCAAUGAUUUAAUAAAACCCUGACAAUGCAGUGUCUCAGUUCGAAGUUGCUAGUGGUAGAAUAGGAGCAGAUUAACAGGAGAAUUACAUAUCAAUAGAUGAUGACAAUGAGAAUUUUACUAGUAGAUUAAGGUCCAUACCGAGAGAUGAGGGUAUCAGUUCAUAUUAGUUUUACAAUUCUGGAGUGCCUAGACUUGGUGAGGUAUUUUCAGCAAACUACACCAGUAAUAGGAUACAAAUUAUUUAAGAGCAGGAAGAGAAUUUCGAUCCUGACGAAAGUUAGGAGGAUGAGCCAAGACUUGACUUGCAAGCAUCAAACAUGCUGAAUAAGACUAUGCUUGAUAACAGAAGAUUCUUUGAGGAUCACAUAAAUGCUAACACAGACGGCAGGUAAAAUAUGAUGGAUGGUUCUCAAUCACUUCAAAGAGACUUGAUUAGAAGAUGUUCAAAGCGAAGCAAAACUCCCAAUCAUAGAGCAAGUUAGAUUUUUAAGAACGGCAGCAGAGAUCUUUAGUAGAUGACUGGAGACAUAGCCAACUAUCAGGAAGAAGAUGAGAAAAUAGAAGACUCUAUUAGGGAAUUCGAAGAAAAAUUAGCAGACAAUCAAGAGUACUUACCUUAAAUGGUACAAAUCAAUCAAUUAUCGUACAAUCAAGAAGAUGAGCUCGAAUAGAUAGAGGAACAGUAGGAACUGGACUCCUUAAACUACGCAGACUAGGAGCACGAAGAUAUUGAAAGAACUUAGCAGGAAAAGGAUACUUUGUCGCCUAAAAGGCUUGCUAACAAAUAUGACAUUGCAUAAAUGUUCAGAAUUUAUACCUGA